GUGUGUUGCCCGAAGAGGAAAAAACAAAGUUGCUUCGGAUACAACUCAUUGAGGGAGCUUGCUCUACAGCGUUCAGUUCGCAAAGUCGCCGUCAAGAACUUUGAAGUGAUAGACAUGUACAAAAAGCUUUUGGUUUGCCUACUUAUCUCUGCCUUACUGCUCCUCGACCAAGUCAAAAGCUCCAAUGCAGUCCCUUGGGGAAGAAGAGAUUUCGCAGAAUGGAACCUUUUAAAGGUGAUGACUUUCUUUAGAGCAGAGUUGGAUAAUUUUAAAAAAUUGCAUUUUUUUUUGUAAACACACCUUUUUGAAAUUUUCACCCCCUUUGUCAAAAUUUCCUAAUUUCUUGCGCUUCAGAAUUCUCAUUUAGUGAUUAUUAUGAGAUCUUUCUUCAGUAAGGCGUCUUGGGCGUACGUGUUCAGUUCGCUGUAGAAAGUCUGGUUGUGCGCAUUUCUAUAUUGCGUUUGACCGUUGAGUAGAUGAAAUAAAUGAAAUUCUAUAACAUAAAUUCUUCUUAUUUAUCCUCGGUGGUAUUUAUAGCAAAGGCUGUAUUUAUAGCGCAAAGGCUAGUAAAGUCGAGAAAACAACUGAAACAAAUGAUACAAAUCAACAUAUCAGGGUUAUGAAUCCCGACUGGCUGGAGUCCUUAAAUCAGUUGAUUAUUUACAAAUCCAGCGAGCGGCAAUAAACUCGUAUUACAAGUCCAGCUGACCGCUCUAACCACUCGGUCACCCUUCCUAUUGUAAAAGUCUGCAGUAAACAUAUUUGAAUUGAGGCUUAAUAAAUAAACAGUAAAUAUUUUCAUGGUGUCUAUUGAACGAGCGGUUUCCUGACUUCUGAAGCUCUAAACAAUCUUCCAAGGAGUGCGAUCGAGAUUAAAUUGUUGUAAAAAUAAAUGUAAAGUGCUUUGCUACCUUGUUGUUUCUUGUAGAACAGAGAAUUGUCUUAAUGUAGCCAUUCACUCUACAAGCAGCUGUGAUGCAGUUUCCCUGAUGUAUUAUUAGCCUUAUGCUAUGUUAAUCUGGUCUUUCCUUAAAGUUUUCUCAAGCUCCCGCUUUAACUAUUUAUACUGCCUAUGAAUCCCGCUUUUUAGCUCAAAAGGGUAUUCGAUUUCAAGCAAACCACCCCUCGACGGACUCAACAACUGAUACAGUUUGUUCGUCCUUGUAGAACGAAGAUAGAAGAGGUGCUGAUGUAUUUUCAACAACAAAGCCUGUUGGGAAGAAAGCGUUUCUUCCAAAAAAAAAAGUUAGCAUAGCCUGAAUUUCAGCCAUCUCCUUUAGCCCGCACUGUGGCUAUUUCUCGGGAUUGUGCCGCGACUUGAUGAGGACUUGGCUAAAAUUUAGGCUGACGAAAGCACUGCUCUACUAAGACGAUGGCAUGCCGUUAAGCAAAACUGAAUAUUUUCCCUUUCUAUUCCUUAUUACAGAGACGAACAACCGGUGGUAAUGAAGAGUAUACAGAUCCACAGCCUGUUGGUCGGGAAGCUUUCCUCGAAGGCAAAGUAACUAAAACUUAAUCAAAGUGAUGGCAUGCAAUCUAAGGAAAGUUACAAUAUUUUAGCUUUUAAUUCCCUUGCAGAGAGAGUCUGGCGGAGGUGGCACAGAAACAUAUGAACCACCUCAGAUUUUUGGGAGGGAAGUGAUUCAAGGAAAAGUAAGUUGUGCAAUGAGAAAGCAUUCACUGAGGUGA